AUGGACAAUGCUAAGGCAAUGGACACACCAAUGAGCAUUACUUGCUACCUUGACAAAGAUGAACAAGGUAAAAGCAUAGAUGUAAAGAAGUAUAGAGGCAUGAUAGGAUCAUUACUUUAUCUAACGGCAAGUAGGCCAGAUAUCAUGUUUAGUGUAUGCAUGAGUGCGAGAUACCAAGCUAAUCCUAAGGAAUCUCACUUAAGUGCGGUGAAAAGGAUUAUGAAGUAUCUCAUAGGAACAUUAAAUGUUGGAUUGUGGUAUCCGAAAGGAUCCACUUGUGAUUUGAUUGGUUAUUUCGAUUCCGAUUUUGCCGGUUGCAAAUUGGAUAGGAAAAGCACUAGCGGCACUUGUCACUUGCUAGGAAACUCUCUUGUUUCAUGGCAUAGUAAGAAACAAGUAAGUGUAGCCUUGUCUACCGCCGAAGCCGAGUAUGUAGCCGCCAGUAGUUUUUGCGCCCAAAUUUUAUGGAUGAAACAACAACUUGUGGACUAUGGACUCAUGCUUGAUCAUUCCUAUCAAAUGUGA